AUGCGUGCUGUCUACGUUCUUACCUCGGUUCUCGCCACCGCUGUCAGUGUGACUGCCCUUCCUGGUUUGGGAAAGCAGAUUACGAAGCGGGAAGAAUGUGAAGAACCUCCCACCUCACAGUGUACCGCGUGGAUUGACGGGGACAACCACGAUUGCGAGUACUGCUGUGUGAACUACGUUCCGGCUGGGUGCCAUACCCACGACGAUGACGUUGGUUGCACCAAUGGUGCUGGCUCUGGCCUCGUCUACCACUGCAGUGUCGACUUAAGAAGACUGGGUGCCUAG